AUGGACGAAUACGAAUACUUUUCGCCUGAUUUCAACCCCUCCGCCGUCACCGUGCCGAGGCUGCGCUCCAUCCUCGUUGCGCACAACGUCAAAUACCCCUCGUCGGCCAAAAAGCCCGAGCUCAUCGCGCUCUUCAACCAGCAUGUCGCCCCGCAGGCGCAAAGGCACUUGGCCGCCCAGUCGCGGACAAAACGCUCGACUAGGGGCAUAACCGAUGUACCAUCGAGUCGGGAAACAAGCGUCGCCCAAAGCGAGAGCGACGAAGAUGAAGUUGCUUCUCUUGCGCCCUCGGAGAGCGUGCGUAGGAGCACACGCCGCUCGACCAGAGGUAUGACCGAGGAAAGCGACGCUCCCUCGCUGGCACCCAGUGCCUCUACCCGUAGAAGUACACGUCGCACAACCGCCUCGGUGGAGCCAGACCUUGACCUUACACCGGUCCCGCGUAGUAGGGCGUCAAGGUCACCUUCGAAGCGCGCAUCAACAAAACCUGUCAGGGCCCCAGAACUCGAGAACAUUGAUGAGCGCACUCCGGCAGCUCGCGCACCCAAACAACAUGCAACCCCGGUUGUCAAGCAGCAAGAUCACGAUGAGGCAAGCCCUUUCUCUACGGACAACCCUUUUCAGAGCGGCUCCCCCGCGUACGAGCCUCGUUCUGUUGAGCGGGACAGGAGGAGGACCACGCUCGGCACCGAACAUGGAGACAAAAGGAACAGCUCUGUGAGUCGACGGAAGACUGAGGUCAUCAGCGCCGCAUCAGAGCAUGACGAUGCUCUUUCGUCGUCGGCGAGGAGACAUGAGUCGUCGGCCGUGCGCAGGAGAGAUCCCACACCCAAGAAACGAUCUCCUACACCAGCCAUCGAGCAGGAGGAAGAGGAUAUGAUGGCGGUGCAAGAGUCGGAAGAAGAGCAGGAGGGGUUGGAUGCCGGCGAGGAAUUCACUCCGGAAGAACAGCUGGAGCUUGUCCGUGAAAGGGCAGCGCAGGGCAAAACUGACAUCCUACCUCCUCGGAGGAGCCGGCCUCCCCGACGGAGUUCAGGGGCACUGAAGGUUGCCCCGCUGACGAUCCUAGUGACUCUGCUUGGUGGCUUUGGGGCCUGGUGGCGCACUGAAAAGCUUGCAGUUGGCUAUUGCGGCGUCGGAAAAACUCCAAUCAGCUUGGACGAACUGGAAGUCCCUGAGUCAGCCAAGGGCGUUGAGGUGCUUCUGCCGCAGUGCGAACCAUGCCCUAACCACGCAUAUUGCUACCCGGAAUUGAAGACGGUAUGCGAGCCCGACUUCAUUCUCAGACCGCAUCCGCUCUCGUUUGGUGGCCUUGUCCCCUUAGCUCCCACUUGCGAACCAGACAGCGAGAAGGCCAGAAAGGUGAAAGCGGUUGCCGAUCGGGCAGUGGAGGAGCUCCGUGACAGGAAAGCCAAAUUCGAGUGCGGCGAUCCCAUGGGCGAUACCGGAACCUAUCUUGCCAGUCCCGAGAUCAACGAGCAAGAACUGAAGGAGGAGAUCUCUACCAAGCGCCGGAAAGGCAUGUCGCAAGUCGAAUUCGAUGACCUCUGGUCCAGUGCUAUCGGCGAUGUAAUGCUCCGCGACGAGGUCGUCAGCCAGGUAGACGGAGAGUCCGGAACCCGAAAAAUCGGCUCCAAAAGCCUCGCGCGGAUCUCCCUCGCCUGCGCCACGAGACGAUCCAUCCGACUCGCGUUGGCACGCCAUCUUUGGAAGCUUAUAAGCUUGUUGGCCAUGUUCGGCGCAUUCCUCUACUCCAAGUCGGCUUGGGUAUCGUCGGCUGCGACAGAAAAGCGUGCAAAGCUCCUUGCUAGUUUCGCCCUGGAUCAACUCAAAGUGCAAGCGGCUUACCACGCACACCAACCGCGCAGGUAUCCUGAGGGGUUCAUCAGCAUGGCGCAGCUCCGGGACGAUAUUCUUCGAGACGAGUUUAGCGCCAAGCGCAGGCAAAAGCUGUGGGAGCGGGUGCAGAGGAAGGUUGAGCAGAACUCAAACGUGCGGCCCAGCGUGAGGGAGACUCGCACUGGCGAUGUGAGCAGAGUGUGGGAAUGGGUCGGUGCUGUCGGCGCCAUUGAGAAUGGGGAUGUCAAGCAGGAGCAGGGCCGGUUGAGCAUGGGUUCAAAUAAUGCGGCAUUGACCCAUAGCCCUCCCGAGCCACAGGUCAAAGAAGAGAUGAAGGAGAGAAAAGCGUGGGAAGAAGUCCCGAUUCUCGUACGCACCGCACAGGUCGUGGGAAUCACGUCUGCUGCGUGGUGGUCAGGCGCAUGCGGUUGGAUCAGCCUUUCUCUCAUCCCGACCAUCAACAAGUCGCCCGUGGACCUCAGAGUCAAGCAGUGGAAGUACCAGUAUGAGCUUGGGAUGACCAGUGGGCCGGCCCUGGCACUGGCAUCCGGCGUGUCGUUCUGCUACCUCAUGACGCAGCACGGAAAGCACUUUGGCCUGCUGUCGGAAAGGUCGUUCAACCUGAACGCGCUGGCUGCGGUGGCUGUCCCCGGCAUCGUCCCGUUCACGCUGCUCUUCAUCAAGCCGGUGAACGACAAGCUGAUGGGGCACGCUGAAUCGCUCGAAGAAGGGAAGCAGUCUGGCGAGGCGGCCCUGACUGAACAGGACGUCGAGUCUCUCAUAGCUAGGUGGAACAAGCUGCAUGCAGUCAGGGCGAGAAGGAAUGCGCACUCGUCUAGUUUAUCAGUCAAUGUGAUCGUAAUCCAUCAAUCGCGUGGCGGGUGUUGGGUCAGUGUUCAGCGAGGGUCACGUGCCGCCGAGCCGAAGGCCGAACCCACAAAGGUGGGCGAAAAUGAAGCCCGCACAACCUCCAAGGACGACACCACCGCCAACGACUCACCAACCACCAUCCGUGACCCCCAACAACCGUCAAGAUGCCAGCACAGGGUGACCCAGUACAAGGCCGGCAAGGCUUCGCUGUUCGCCCAGGGAAAGCGUCGUUAUGACCGCAAGCAGUCCGGUUACGGUGGUCAGACCAAGCCUGUCUUCCACAAGAAGGCUAAGACCACCAAGAAGGUCGUCCUGAGACUGGAGUGCACCACCUGCAAGACCAAGGCUCAGCUCUCCCUCAAGCGCUGCAAGCACUUCGAGCUUGGUGGUGACAAGAAGACCAAGGGUGCGGCGCUUGUCUUCUAG